GAAGAGAGGCGUAGAGUCCACAGGGUCUGUACGAUGCCUACACGGCCAACAUUGAUGACGUCACCAUCCACAGAAGACCCAUUUCCGAGCUGCACCAGAGCAUGAGAAUCUUACUGAAGCCAUUUGGAUUCUCAAGACUUCUGCAAGCCGAAUGGUGUUACCUCAGUGAAUCAAUAUUGUUGUUUACACUGGUACCGAGACUUAGGAAAGCAUCUACUAAUUUCUUAUUGGGUCAAAGACAAGGGUUCUCAACCAUGCCAGAAGCGGAAGCAAGCGUGAGAGAUAGGGAGUUGUUUUCACCACCCUCUGAUGUUCGAGGAAUGACAAAACUUGAUAGAACAGCUUUUAAAAAGACAGUGCCCAUCCCCGUGCUUAAGGCGAGGAAAGAAGUAGUCAGCAGAUUGAUGCGAGCCCUCAGGAGAGUAGCGCUGCAGCGCCCGGGCAUAAAGCGAGUGAUUGAGGACCCCAAGGAUGAAGACAGUAGGCUGAUCAUGUUGGAUCCCUACAGGAUGCUUACCAGUGAUUCCUUUGAGAAAGCAGAACUCAGUGCUUUAAAAGAACUUGAUGUCAGCCCACAGUUAUCACAGUACAACUUGGAACUCACAUAUGAAAAUUUUAAGUCAGAAGAAAUUUUGAGAGCUGUGCUUCCUGAGGGUCAAGAUGUGACCUCUGGAUUCAGCAGAGUUGGACAUAUUGCACACCUGAAUCUCCGAGAUCAUCAGCUGCCGUUCAAGCAUUUAAUUGGCCAAGUUAUGGUUGACAAAAACCCAGGAAUCACCUCAGCAGUAAAUAAAACCAGCAACAUUGACAAUACUUACCGAAAUUUCCAAAUGGAAGUGCUGUGUGGAGAGGAGAAUAUGCUGACCAAGGUUCGAGAAAACAACUACACAUAUGAGUUCGAUUUCUCCAAAGUCUACUGGAAUCCUCGUCUCUCUACCGAACAUGGCCGGAUCACUGAACUUCUCAACCCUGGAGAUGUCUUGUUCGAUGUUUUUGCUGGGGUCGGGCCCUUUGCCAUUCCGGCAGCAAGGAAAAACUGCACGGUGUUUGCCAACGAUCUCAACCCCGAGUCCCACAGAUGGCUGCUGCACAACUGUAAGCUGAAUAAAGUUGACCAGAAAGUGAAAGUCUUUAACAUGGAUGGAAAAGACUUCCUCCAGGGGCCAGUGAGAGAAGAGUUAAUGCUUCAGCUAGGACUGUCAACUGAAGGAAAGCCCUCUCUCCACAUUGUCAUGAACUUGCCAGCUAAGGCCAUCGAGUUUCUCAGUGUUUUCAGAUCCCUUUUGGAUGGGCAGCCGUGCAGCACAGAGCGCCUACCCAUAGUGCAUUGUUACUGCUUCUCCAAAGAUAGCGACCCUGCUAAGGAUGCUCGCCAGCGGGCAGAAGCUGUGCUGGGUGUUUCUUUGGAGGCCAGUAGUUCAGUUCACCUCGUAAGGAACGUGGCCCCUAACAAGGAGAUGCUAUGCAUCACCUUCCAGAUUCCCACUGCUACACUCUGCAGGAACCAAGCCCUCGGUCUACAGAAUGACCAAGAGCCGCCUCUUAAACGGCAGAAGACAGGUGAGCCCUUCUCAGGAGAGCCCCAGAGCGCAUCAGAUUCUUAGUGUGAAAUGUUUUCUCUGGUCUCCCGGAAGAUUUUAUAUAAAGAAGUACAGCGUGUAAGAUACCGUAAACUUUAAUGCUCAGAUAUUUGUUUUUAAGCCCUUAAGAUUUGCUCCUAUAAAUGGAACGUUACCAAAGUAAACUAAAGUAAGAUGAA